UUUAGAUAUAUUGGAGAUAUCAAGAAAAGUAAUAUAUAUAUACAUAAAGGGAAUAAAAUAAUUAAAAAAGAAAGUUUAUAACGUCACAUAAUUAAGAAAAUCAAUUUAUUACUAUCUAUGAAUUCAUUAAAUUCCAUUGAAUCCAGAUCAAAUUCAACCGAUUUACAAUUAAUUGAUAUACAUAUUUAUGUGAUCCCGCCAAAUUUAUGGAUUAAUGAUUUAAAUACAACAUUUACUCAAGUGAUUAAAAAUACAGUUUCAGCUGGAAUAAUUCGUUCUAAAAUUAAUAUAAAUUUAGCUGAAUUACGUGAAAUUUUAAAGAAAGAAUUUGAAGAACAAAUUUUACCAAAUGAUUAUAUAUUUUGUAAACAAGUUGGACAUUCACUUGGUCGUAUUCAAUCAAGUCAAGAGAUAUUGUUUAAAGUGAAUGAAUUUCUUCCUCCUCAGUCUGAACUAUCUGAGAUCUAUGUGAUAGAUCGUCAGGCUAUUGAUGAAAGUCAAAUACAUCAAAAAGAAGUUUAUCAACAUGCUGCAGCACAACAUCAUCAGGUCAAUUUAAUGCCACUUCCUACAUUAGGACAAACGAGAUCAGCAUCACCAAUAAUAAAACCAGAUGAUUCAAAGAAAAAUUUACUUGACAAUAAUGAAAAUGUUCAGUCACCAAGUAUUCCUACUCCACAAAGGCAAAAUACACCAGUUAAUCCUGAAUUACCUCCUGUGACAAAUAUACAUCAAGAAUCUCAACAACAGCAGUUACAACAAAAUAUCAACAGACCUAGUUCACAUUAUGAACAAAGACCAUCUAUUAAUUUACCAGUAAUUUACCCAGUACCAAAUCAAUCUGUAAACAGUUCACAUGAAUUAACUUCAUUACAAACUGAGUUUAUACCAAAAUCGUUAACACCCAUUAUUCAUACUGGUGAUUCUGGUUUAGAUACUAUUUCAGCAGCAAUUGGUCAUCAAAAAGAUGUUUUACAACGUUUAGAAUAUGAACAACAAAAACGUAUAUUACAGAUGCAAGCGGAAGCUGAAGAGCGUCGUCGUCGUGAGGCUGAACUAUAUGCAAAAGAAUUAGCUAAAAAUGCUAAUCACGCUAAGCGAAUGGAAGAACUAGAGAAAGAAUUAAGAAGAUGGACUGAUGAGGCGAAACAGACAAGAGAACGUUUAGAUCAGUUAAAAUCAGCAUGGGAUACAGCAUUAAAAUCAAAAGAGGAAGAGAUCACUACUUUAAAACAAGGUUUAGAAUUCAUGAAAAAGAGCAGAGAUCAAAAUGAUGGUAAACCCACAGCAAGAGAAAUCGCUGCACAAACAGAAAUACGCCAACUUCAAAUUCAGUUGACCGAAAUGAAGGAGAACUAUAGUCGUGUUAGAAGAGAAUUAGAAGAAAGACGUAAAGCUGCAGACGCCAGAAUGGACGCUGUUGGAGAUGAAAUAAAGGAUUUAAGGCGAAAAAUGUCAGAUGUACAUGCUACACUAAAAGAACCCAAACCUGUACAAAUUACAGUCAGUUCACACCCUAAAUCUGUUUGUGACGUAGGAACAGAAGCAAUAGAUGAAGUCAAAAAGUCACCACCGCCUCCGAAAAUUAGGAUCAAAAAACGUCAAGUUCAAAUGGAUUCCGAUGAUGAUGUUGAACAUCUACAGCGUUUAAGACGUCUCCGAAUGGCUGCAGAAAAACGAAGAAUAGAAUUGGUUAAACGUUUGCAUUAUUUAUAUGUGAGCUUAGGAACUCGAAGAACACAAGCUCGAGAUGAAUGGAAACGUCGUUAUUAUUCAGCUAAAAAACAGGCACCAAAUCUUGAAUCAAGAAUGAAUGGACACAGAGGUGAUUUAGAAUCACUGAUCAGAAGGACUAUUUCAACCUUAAAACACAGUGGAACAGAUUCUGUAGAGAUCCAGCAUCUCGCAGAGCAGAUGGAGAAACGUCGAGUGGUAACAAGAGAGGAAUACAAACUAGCUGAAAUUAUGCUCAGUUUAACCAAGGCAAUUCGACUUCGAUCACAGGCUGAAACAGAAGGUAGGCUUCUUAACGCUGAAUUGGACCGUAGAAGAGGUGAGCUUAGUUUAGUCAAGUCUACAUCACCAAGCCGAAGAGCAUAUGCAUGCUCAUUAUCACCCAGACGGAGAACAAUACGUGAAUCACGAGAUGUUGCAAGCUUAAAAUCUAAUGGACGACGUACUGUAACUUCAUAUGAACGGCAACGUAGACAUGUUAAUUAUAAGAGUUUAUCUCCGAAUCGAUUGUCAAAUGAUCAAACAUCACAAGAAUCAAGUAGCCAGGAUGACAUGAAAGUUCCAUAUAGAACGAGAAUACAGAGUCCGAAAAAACAAAUUCAAGUUCACGGAUCAGAUGUACGGAUCAAAACUCCAGACUUCGAAGUAUCUGUGCACUCUGGCAAUGAAUCGAAUUGAUAAUAUAAUAAUUACGUCCUAAUAAAUGUAACACAAACCAAAUGAACAUAAAUAACUUGCGUAAUGACAUGUGUUGUGAACUAUGAUUUAUUAAAAUUAGGUUAACCGUAUGUUUGUUUAUUUAAACAAAAAUAGAAUUGUAUACUAACUUAUAUUUUCAAUAGUUAACAAUAAUAAAGCUCAACUUAUGAUAAGAUAUUGACUAAUAGUUUCUGAUUCGAUAUUGUAUUAGAAGACAACUAAAAAGUCAACGAUCAAUCGAAUCACGAUUUCCGUCCAAUAACAUAAUGCGGAAUGCUACAGUCAUCUAAAUGAGACAUGAAUUCUUACGUAUUUAAUGAAAUGCACUACUAACCCAGAUAUAUUCCUGGUUUCAGAAUAACGGGAUUGUGAAUAAUGAAGAACUGAUAGAUUAUUUAAAUUUAUAUAACUCUAGAUGAUAAGUUACUAUACAAUAAAAUAUGGAAUAGGAAAAUUUGUUGAACAUAGUGAGACAUUUUAUAGGAAAAUCGACUGAUGUUAAAAUAAAGGUAGCAAAAGUAAAAUUUACUCAACAAACAUAUUGAUUUUACACGACUGAAGCAUGAAAUUAUAGAAUUGAUCAGUAAACAACUAUCACACAAACA